CGCCCAGCAUCGCGACCGAGGUACCAGUAUGGAAGACAGUCUUAUCGGGCCGCCCCCUAUGCACCUGUGUCUACCGGCCUAGCCGCGUCAGGCACCAAUGUUGGCUGGAUCGAUUUUGACAUAAUCCAGUCGCGGGCGGAUGAAUCCUAGACUGAUGAGCCUAUCCCUGAUAGAAUGGCUGCAAAGCCGGUUGGCGGCCGCGCGAGCGAUGGCGGCGGCCCCGGGCAGGCCAUGCACGGCGUCUACGACGCGACCGUCGACUACGAAGACAAGAAUGAUAAUGGAGAAAUUCAAGGGUACUAUGUACAUGUAUCCCGGCAUCAGCGAGUCACCAACCUCAGCACAACGUGGCAGUGGUUUAGUGUGGACGAGUACGACGACAAGUUCCAGCGUGACUCUGGAAUAAAACCUCCUCCUUCUCACUUCCCCGCUUGCUCGCCGCCGACUAUCAGCCCGCGCGAGAAAUGUGAACAAUGGCCGCGGAUAAGCGAGGAUGGGCCCACCGUCAACCGCUACAGUGCUGGGUUCGGCGCGUGCGAGAACGGCGAACUGUGGCAGGGCGCAGUGCACGGUAGAGAGAUUGGAAGAUUCUGAGGUUCAGUGCCCCCCUCAGCAAGGCCGUGGAUGGCGACAGCAAAACCGAAAAC